UUAUCAUUUUUAAAUAACAUAACCUAAUGUGCUGGUUAAAUCACUCAAUAAAAAUCUAAACAAAAAAAAUUAUUUUACAUAAAAGAUAUAAUAAAAUUCACAAUGUUUUCGUCAAAAGUUUUUCGUUUAUCGACCGCCAUUCGUAAUUUAGCCACAAAAACAGGAGAAAUCGAAAAUUUAAUCAAGCAUAACAAAGUAGUGGUUUUUAUGAAAGGAAUACCAGAAGCACCAAAAUGUGGUUUCAGCAAUGCUGUAGUGCAAAUUUUACGAAUGCAUGGAGUAAAAUACGAUGCUCAUGAUGUUCUCGAAGACGAAGAUCUUAGACAAGAAAUCAAGACAUUUUCAAAUUGGCCAACGAUACCUCAAGUAUUUAUAAAUGGAGAAUUCGUCGGUGGAUGUGAUAUUCUACUUCAAAUGCAUCAGAAUGGCGAAUUAGUGGAACAAUUGAAAAAAGUAGGAAUAACUAGUGAACUUUUAAAUAAGGAAAACUUAGAUGGUAAUAAAUCUAAAGAGUAAUAUUAUGUCUAGGACGUUGUUAAAAAAAAGGAACCACUUGUGUUAUAGUUUAGUCUUUUGUUAUAAUAAAACUAUAAAUGUUGCCUGAA